UAAGUUGUAAGAAUAACUACGAAUGUCUUUGAUACCAUCGGUAGUCGUUGUUGGAAAAUAGUCGUGUUUCGGUAAUUGUGGUAGUUGGUCGGUUGAAUAUUUAUUUAAUUGCUAAUAUUGUUAAACAGUUUGUUGGUCACACGUUGUGUAGCAGGUAUUAAGUUUUUGACAUUAAGAAUUUUACUUGGAUUAACUUGGCGCCUUUUUUCUUCGUUAAAAGAAACAGAAAUAAUCAAAUAUUUUAGUUUGGAGUGGUAUGUUGAUAAAUUUUAGCCGCUAUGGAUCCCAGUGCUUUACAAAACAUGGAUCGGGACGCAUUAAAGAAACAAAUCGAAAACAUGAAAUAUCAGGCCAAUAUGGAAAGAUGGCCGUUGUCUAAAAGCAUUGCAGAAAUGCGAUCGUUUGUCGAGGAGAAUGAGAAAAAUGAUCCUCUUAUAAACGCCCCAGAUAAAAAAAAUAAUCCGUGGGCUGAAAAGGGAAAGUGUGUUAUUAUGUAAUAUUAUCGUAAACCACAAAAAUACCCAAAUAUUAAACAAAAACAGUUGCAACAUAAACUACAACAACAAAAAUAUAAUAGUUAUCAAUAUCAUCAACAAUUUAAUACAAAUACGAACCACUCCAACCACAACAAUAACAACUACACUGGCAACAGCAGACAACUAGAUAGUCAUAAAGACUUUUUAGGUGAUUAUAUUUAUAAUAGUUCCCUAGAUCCUACCGAUAAAUCCGAUAUAAAUGGCCGAUCGAAUUCCCCCGUUGAAAACCAUGAAGAAUCACAUAAAUCCCCGUUAUUUCAUUGUCAUACUGAGUUUUAUAAAAAUAAUAACUAUUAUUUUUACAAUUAUAAUCUAAACUACCAUGAUCUACAAGAAGAACCUUCAAGAACAAACAAAUUCUUAACAAAAUUAAAGAGAAGAACACAAAGAGAAAUCCUACAAAGGCCAAUCCUACAGCAUCUACUGGUUUUAAUGAUAUGGUUGCAAGCUAAAUUUUGGCAAAUCUAUUACGAGAUAAUUAUGAGAGUAAAACAUUGAGUAAAUUUAAGAACAAUCAAGAUGGAUAAUGACGACCAAACGUUGAUCUAAAUUAUGACUGUCUAACUGACUGCUGAAGGGCAGCCCCUUAAUAAAGUGUCAAAUAUCUUAAUAAAAAGAUGUUAGGUAUCUGUAUCAAUUAAAACAUGUAAUCCGCUUCCCAUAAUCAUAAGUUUAUUACUAUUAAGUAUAUUUUUCUUUACUUUACCUAACAUACUAAUUAUAACAAAAUCAAACAAUUUGCAUAAUUUCUUUAAAGCAAAUCAUGAAA